AUGGGUACUUCUUCUCGAUCGAGACGCACGCACUCUUUCGGCGGGUGUAAGACGUGCCGCAAACGACAUCUCAAAUGCGAUCAGUCGUUGCCCAAGUGCAAUCGAUGUAUUCAGGCUGGAUUGACGUGCGAGGGUUUCACGCCUGCCCUGCGGUGGUUGAUUUCUACAGGGAGAGAGGUUUAUGAUAGACAGCCAACACAGGCGGCUGAGGUUGGGGCAGAGCAGUACUCGAGACGGCAUUUGUUUACUGAGGCUGAUAGGGAGCUGAUGAGCAAUGCUCUCCUCAAAAAUGUCCCUUACACAGUGACAGCUGCCCUCAACCAAAUUGACGAAGAGUCAAAAGGUCUUGAUGUUCACGAUGAUGCAGCGAGUAUUUGCGAGGUCGGACCCUUCCAGGUCUUCAAGUUUGAGUCUUCCCGGUCUACCACGACUGCCAUCUCGGACCAUGUCUCCUUUAACGAAAUGGACCUUGAUACCUUGAGUGAACCUCAAACACAAGACUUUUCAGAACCCAUUGACAACGAUCCUGAUCAGAUAGUUGACGAGACCGUCGUCCCGAAUGACUUCUCAACAACGUCGUUGGACUUUCUGCACUGGGGCGACUUGUUCACUUGGGAUGUCAGCGUUCUUGACAAUCCACCCCAGCUACCUUACGAGAACUUUGACGCACUGCCCAUGAAUAUCAACUGGCCCGAAGAGUCAUUCUCAGAGUCCUUGGAUGCGAUGAUACCCUUUGAGCCUGUCACUGACGACGUUGCAUGGCCACAACUGGAUCUCAAGACAGAUGCACCACUGCUACUAAAACACUUCAACGACGAUGUCAUCAGUCAGAUGGGAUCUCUACCUAUCAACGAGAAGUCGGCAUGGAGGACCCUCCACUAUCCGUCUGCCAUCAUGACACUGAGCGAGUUGACCAUAUUGGAGGUGAACAAGGACCAGAUCAAGCGUGCCAAUCUGUCUACCUUUUAUGCACUAAUAGCAGUGUCCGCGUUCCAUCUUUCACUAAACCCCAUCACCUUCCCAAGUCUCGCGAGACCUGGCGACCAUUGGGAGUCUGUAUCAAGUCGAACUUACGAAGCAGCCAAGCAACACCUCAGAGUCAGCCUGGAGAAGGAAUCUCAACCUGGGCCGAACAAGGCAAAGUACAAGGAGCAGUUAAUGGGCAUAAGCGCUGUGUUGGCAACAGCACUUCUUUCGGGAAACGAGACAGGCACCCGAUGGUGUCUCACCGAAAUGGAACGCCUCAUCAGCUGGCGCGGUCUCACAAAACCCAGCAUCUCCCGUCGCGCCCGCCUCCUACAUAACAUCUAUGCUUGGAUGCGCAUUGUCUCUGAGAGUCUAAACGUCUUCCAUGACGAGAAUCACGCCAUCGAAACACCGUUUACACGUUCAAACGGCAACGGCAAUGCCAGCACCGGCAAACCAGCUGCUGUCCCCGUGCAGUCCAUCAAUCCGGACAUGACACUGGACAACUUCCUCCACCUUGAACCACGAAAGUUGCACGGCCAAAAGGCAAAACGCGACAUCAAAGACAUUCACCUGGCGGAUGUAUCACAGGACCAUGAGAACAUGUACAUGCAGAUCUACGGUGUACCCGAGACGUGGCUCAGUCUCGUGUCGCAGAUAACCAGACUAGCGAAUGUCAUGGACCGGCUUUCUGCACAGAAAAAGCCAGACGCAGAAGCGCUCAUGGCUCUUCAGCCGCGAGCAUCAUACCUUGAGAACGCAGUAUGUCUUUUCCGCUCGCGGCACGGCAAAGGGUCUCCUUCCAUGAGUGCAAGCCCCAACUCUGCUCCCGGCGGCACACCACACAUGCACAUGGUGCGCGCCUUGGCCUCGGCACUUGUAAUAUUCUUCUACCGCCGAAUUCGCAAGGUGAACCCGCUGGUUCUUCAAGAUAGCGUCAAUGACGUCGUUGAUUCAUUACACGCUUUCGACGAGGCACUCGAGAGGAACAAUCUGCUUGGGCCAGGAACGGCAUGGCCUGCAUUUAUCGCGGGGGCGGAAGCAAGAGGGCGGCAAAGGAUCGAUAUCGCGGAGUGGUUGGACAAGGGGUUUUCGAGAAGCGGGUUCGAGAGUUAUAAGUCUUCGAAGGAGGUACUUAGUGAAGUUUGGAGGAGGCGAGACGCGGCAGGGGGAGGGAUGCCGAAUGGGGAUGUCUGCACAUGGAUGGAGGUUUGCAGGGAUCUGCGUCGCUGGCCGUUGGUAUCAUGA